UUUCAAACCGGCUUUAGUUUAGAUUCCUAGCUUACUCCGGAAUUUAUUCAGUUCAGUUUCUACUGUUCCACUGUGAAGUCCUCUUGGAAAUUACCUUUUUUUCAACUUGUCUAACUUAACUUAUUCGACCUGGCUUUCCUACGUAAAUUUUCGGCAUUUGCGAAGAUGUCGCUGCCGCGUGUUUAUUUCGAUAUAGCCGCCGGAGAUGAGAAGCUCGGUCGGAUUGUGAUGGAGCUGCGAUCGGAUGUGGUCCCGAAAACGGCGGAGAACUUUCGAGCCCUUUGCACCGGUGAGAAGGGCUACGGCUACAAGGGAAGUCCUUUCCACCGGGUGAUCCCCAAUUUCAUGUGCCAGGGUGGCGAUUUCACCAAUCAAAAUGGCACCGGAGGACGCUCCAUCUACGGUAACAAGUUUCCCGAUGAGAAUUUUGAGCUGAAGCACUCUGGACCGGGGGUUCUUUCGAUGGCCAAUGCCGGUGCCAAUACCAAUGGCUCCCAGUUCUUUAUUUGCACCGGGAAGACCACUUGGUUGGACAACAAGCACGUCGUCUUUGGCAAGGUCGUCCAGGGAAUGGAGAUCGUCCAGAAGGUUGAAUCCUUCGGAUCGAGGGAGGGAAAGACCAGCAAGAAGAUCAUCAUUGAAGACUGCGGGUCCCUCUAAACUUAGCCUACACAAUCGAACACUAUUACUACAAUUUGUUUCUUAAAGCGAUGCACACCUCACUACAUUUAAGGAAUCAACUGUUAGGAAGUUCACGUUUGCGUUCAAGUUCAUAUAAAAUCUAGGAGAACAUAGGGGAGCAGGAAAUAUAUCAUAUUAUAUAAUAAAACAGAAUAAAAUAGAAAGAUGCAAUUAGA